GAUAUGGAAUGGUGGGGGAAUUCCUCUUGGUUCUUUCUUACCUCACAGUCCGUCACAUUCUUGCGUUUGCUUCCGGUGCCUCCCUGCGACUGUACAUUUUUUCUUGCAGAAAUUGCCCCAUCCUAAAGAGGGAAUUUCUGGUUGUUCUUCCUUAGUUCGUUUUUCUAGGGCUUUGGAAUGUGCGGACUGGGGGACUAUUAAGCUGAGGUGGCCGCCAAUGAUUAUAACAAAGCAGUAUCGUUGCAUACACUCAACAAGCUGUCAAUGCACAAAAGGGCAUCUAAGCGAAGAUGUAAUAUUUCUAGUAUUUCAACAAUUGAACUGGAACCCUAAGUUAAUUGCUACUCUGUCCUGUGUAUGCAAGUGGUUUGAUGACCUUGCGAAGAGAGUACUAUGGAAGGAGUUUUGCCGAACUAGAGCACCAAAGAUGAUGAUUGAUCUGCAAUCAAGUGGCAGUCACAAUGUAGAUGGGAACUGGAGAGCACUUGGGAAGCUACUGAUUUACUGCUCAGGAUGUAAAAAGGGUGGCCUGUUCAAUAACAUCCAAAUCCCAGGCCACUUUGUACAUAGGACUCGGUUCUCUAGGACAUCAGGGAAGAGUUUUCUUUUGCCACAAUGCAGAUCAGAUGUUUUGUACGUGUCUGACCCUUGUGAACAUCUUGAUCAAGGGGAAGAUGGGGACGUGGGAUUUUUCCGUGGAGUUUUCAAGUCAUUCUCAAUGUCAAAGGUGCGGAAGAUGCUAAUUAAAAGAGGGGCCCAGCUUCAUCCAACAGAGGUUUGCCCAUAUUGUAAGGCAAAGUUAUGGAGCAUGCUGCAAGCUAAGAUGAUACCACAAAGUGCCAGCUGCAGGUUGGUUGCUUAUGAGGAUUGCAUUGAGUAUUAUGUGUGUCUCAAUGGACAUGUGGUUGGAAUCUGCACCCUUUUACCUUUGUCUGAUUCAGAAGAGGCAUCUGAGUUGGAGUGAUAAUUGGAAUGAAGCUCAGGUUUGUAACCAUUGGAACGUAAAUCUGGGUAGGUCAAACAUGUGAUAAGCUGAUAUUGAACUUAACAGCUGGAAGCUGGAACCAACCGCUACAAUUUCAUGCAAUCUUGAGAGUCUGCUGCUUCUCGGUCUUGCCAUGGCCGACCAUUUCCCGGGAAAAGGCAAAAAGCAGCUGCGAACCAUUUCUUUUUUAAUCAACCUUUACGUAAUAUGUUAAUGUGAACCAUAUACACUGUACAUUUAUGGAUGAUGCAUAUAUGUAUUUGGAUGGCA